UUUUACGAGGUAUCAGCACUUUUCUUUCAUUAGGGGGAAGGAGUGAAGAAAGUACGAAACAGCAGCAGACUUUUAAACUUUAAAUAGACAGGUCUGAGUGCCUGAACUUGCUUUUUCAUUUCAUCCUCCAAGGAGUUCAAUCACUUGGCGUGCCUACUUCACUUCUUUUAAGAGAAAGAGAGGGGCCCUGGCAACAUGGGUGACUGGAGUGCCUUAGGCAAACUCCUCGACAAGGUUCAAGCCUAUUCCACUGCUGGAGGGAAAGUGUGGCUGUCUGUUCUUUUCAUUUUUCGAAUCCUGCUACUGGGGACAGCAGUUGAGUCGGCCUGGGGUGAUGAGCAGUCUGCCUUUCGUUGUAACACUCAGCAACCUGGUUGUGAAAAUGUCUGCUAUGAUAAAUCCUUCCCAAUCUCUCACGUACGCUUCUGGGUCCUCCAGAUCAUAUUUGUGUCUGUUCCCACACUGUUGUACCUGGCUCACGUGUUCUAUGUGAUGAGGAAAGAAGAGAAACUGAACAAGAAAGAGGAAGAACUCAAAGUUGCACAAACGGAUGGUGUCAAUGUGGAGAUGCACUUAAAGCAGAUUGAAAUCAAGAAAUUCAAGUAUGGUAUUGAAGAGCACGGCAAGGUGAAAAUGCGAGGGGGCCUGCUGCGAACCUACAUCAUCAGCAUCCUCUUCAAGUCUGUCUUUGAGGUGGCCUUCUUGCUGAUCCAGUGGUACAUCUAUGGAUUCAGCUUGAGUGCCGUUUACACUUGCAAAAGAGACCCCUGCCCUCAUCAGGUAGACUGCUUCCUCUCUCGUCCCACAGAGAAAACCAUCUUCAUCAUCUUCAUGCUGGUAGUGUCCUUGGUGUCUCUUGCCUUGAACAUCAUCGAACUCUUCUAUGUCUUCUUCAAGGGUGUUAAGGAUCGCGUGAAGGGGAAGAGCGAUCCUUACCACGCUACCACUGGCCCUCUGAGCCCCUCCAAAGAAUGUGGAUCUCCGAAAUACGCAUAUUUCAAUGGCUGCUCCUCACCAACUGCUCCCCUCUCACCCAUGUCUCCUCCUGGGUACAAGCUGGUUACUGGAGACAGAAACAAUUCUUCCUGCCGCAAUUACAACAAACAAGCAAGCGAGCAAAACUGGGCUAAUUACAGUGCAGAACAAAAUCGAAUGGGGCAGGCAGGAAGCACCAUCUCCAACUCCCAUGCACAGCCUUUUGAUUUCCCUGAUGACAACCAGAAUUCUAAAAAACUAGCUACUGGGCAUGAAUUGCAACCACUAGCCAUUGUGGACCAGCGACCUUCCAGCAGAGCCAGCAGCCGGGCCAGCAGCCGACCUCGGCCUGAUGACCUGGAGAUCUAGAUCCAGGCUUGAGAGUAUUGAGAUUCUGCUCAAUUGUGGAGAAAAGGUGCUGUAGAAAGUGCACCUUAGGUGUUCAUUUUGUUGCAGUGGAGGUGGUACUCAACAGCCUUUGUCAUGAGGCUUAGAAAACACAAAGACAUUAGAAUACCUAGGUUCAUUGGGGGUAUUUGGGAUAGGUGGGUGGAGAGGGAGGGGAUAAGGGAGGUACAUAUUGGUAUUUAAUGUAGUUGAUUCAGAGAACUUUAGUUCUAAAUAUAAGUUGCAUUAGGUGAUACAUAGCUAUGGGUUUUUUUCUCCCCCCCACACACCCUUAAGAAUAAUUCUGUGUAUGUGAAAGAGUGAGUGAUAUUUUUCAGUAAGUACUUUUUUUUAUUCUACCAUGAAACUGAGAUAACUUUGACCAGGAAAAAAAAAAAAACAAAACUUCCUGGACAUCUUGUUUCUUUAUAUCAAGAGAACAUUAGAGGGUUGUCCUUAUGUCCCUGCUAAUACAUUCCAUUGUUAAAAUUUGCACUUUGAAGGUAAGCUUUCUAGGCCUCACCCUCCAGGUGUCACUGGACUUGUAAUACUUUGUUAUUCUUGGUAUUGAUUAAAAGUCCAGACAAGGCCCACAGAGAGACUUCCCAUGCAUUUUCAAAUCUCGGCCAGUCAUAUGUACAUUAUUUCCUUUACAUCUACUUGUGACAUAUUAUUGCCAUCACUUUUUCAUCAUUCCUCAGCUACUAUUCACAUUCAUUUAAUGGUUUCUGUAAACAUUUUAAAAUAGUUGGGAUGUCACUAAACAUUUUUUGAAUUAGAGUCAGGGAAGCAAGCCAUGCUCAAUAUUUAACAAUCACUUGUAUGUGUACAUGUGUGGAAGAGUGUGUUUUAUUUGUCAUAUAUUGGUACAAGCAGAUGCAGUAUAAACUCACAAACACAGAUUUGAAAAUAAUGCAUACACAGUGUUCAAAUUUGAGCCUUUCUCAUGGAUUUUGUGGUGUGGGCCAAUAUGGUGUUUACAUUCUAUAAUUCCUGCUGUGCAAGUAAAGCACACUUUUUUUCCCCUAAGUGUUUUUCCCCCCCAUGUAUCCUAUUAUGGAUACUGGUAUUGUUAAUUAUGAUUUUUUUCUCU